UUGGUUAUGGUGAUGGUGUGCCCAUAAUGUCAUGAAAAAAAGAGGCAGAGUUGAAGAUGGGUAGGGUAUAUAAGAGCAGGAAACUUCACCCUUCAGUACCCCAGCUCUCAGCUCGCUCUUCCUCUCUACUCAACAAUCAACGCCCAAACCAUGGCUUUCAACGGAAAGUGGGAAAGCGAAUCUCAGGCUGGAUACGAAGAGUUCUGCAAACUGAUUGGUAUCCCAGAUGAUGUCAUCUCAAAGGGCCGCGACUUCAAGCUUGUGACAGAGGUCGUCCAGAAUGGAGAUGAUUUCACAUGGAUCCAGUACUACCCAAAUAACCAUGUUGUGACCAACAAAUUCAUCGUUGGCAAAGAGAGUGACAUGGAGACUGUCGGAGGGAAGAAAUUUAAGGGCGUAGUCUCCAUGGAAGGGGGCAAGCUGGCCAUAAGUUUCCCCAAGUACCACCACACAUCUGAGAUCAGCGGUGGAAAGCUGGUGGAGACCUCCACAGCCACUAGUGCUAGUGGACCAGUUGUUUUUGUACGAACAAGCAAGAAGGUCUAACUGCGUUAUUGAGAUAAAUGACCCUGUUCUGCUCUGACCUCUCAUUUACUUGAAUAAAAUGUAGGAGCUAAACUG